GAGGAGGGGUGUGGAGAGAGGUAGGCGUUCACCACGGGGGAUCGCCACUGGAUCUGCUAUGACGAGCUUCGUUCGCUUGAAUGUCGGCGGUCGUGAGUUCAGUGUGGCGAAGUCGACACUGGCCAUACACCCACACACCCUGCUGGGGCAACUGGUGACCAACGAGUCGACGGCCGAAUACCAGCAGAUCCAGCAAGGCCAGCCCGUCUUCAUCGACCGAGACCCGGCGCUGUUUUCCCAUGUACUCGACUACUACCGGGAUGGACUGCCUCUGCUCAUCGACGCCUCCGUCGACACGCGCAAGCUGAUCCGCGAGAUGCGCUUCUUCGGCAUCGAUGUAACCACACGCACACCGCACGAGCACACACUCGUUCGCCCGCAGCCACUGAGAUGCGAUUCGUUGCUGAUAUGUGCAUCAGGUGUCUGAGAGUGAUUUGCAGGGCCCGCCGCCAUCGGAACAGGAGCGAGCCUCGCGGAGGGAGGCGACGAUGCGGCGCGUGGCCAACAAGGUCACACUGGGGCUUCUGGCCCGGUUGCGCCGGGAUAUCACCAGCACAGGCAGCUGGGCAGAGGUCCAAUAUGAUCAGCUGAUCGUCGCCGCGGCUGAGUGGGUUGGGGGGCCAGAGGCGGCGGAGAUCAGGGCUUUCCCAGGCGACAUAGGCAAGGUUGCCAUGCUGUUUGGCAUGGUGCGCCAGGAGAUGGAGAGGGAGGCUGUGGGGUUCCGCUUCGCCCUGAUCCCGACAGUGAACAAGACAGUCGUUGUCAAGAUCUAUCGGGCACGCAAAUGACACAACGCAUCGUGAAUGACGUUGUGUCAUUUGCUGUUGCGUGUGGUGUGGUGUGCUUUCUCCUCAGGCCAACGCAUGAGUCCUGUCCCACCAACCCCAGUGGCACAACCGCCCGCGGCUGCCUGGCCAGCAGAGUAGAUCAUGUAGCAGAGUCAGCUGCUGUGUAGACCGCUGCCUGUUCAGAGUACUGAUUGGUUGCAUUAGCUCAUGUAAGUAUCACUGACAGCUGACCACAUCACGGAGCUGUUUGGGUGUGAAAGAAAGAUGGUGUACGCGUCUAUAUAAGAAAGCGACACGGGGUCUCGUGCGCUCUGCCGCC